AUGUCACUGUCCCACCUGUACCGGGACGGGGACGGCCGCAUGGACGACGAUGACGACGAGAGGGAGAACUUUGAGAUCACCGACUGGGACCUGCAGAAUGAGUUCAACCCCAACCGGCAGCGGCGCUGGCAGAGCAAGGAGGAGGCCACCUACGGAGUGUGGGCGGAGCGAGACUCGGACGAGGAGAGGCCCAGCUUCGGGGGCAAACGGGCCCGAGACUACUCGGCGCCCGUGAACUUCAUCAGCGCGGGACUCAAGAAAGGGGCGGCCGAGGAGGCGGAGCUGGAGGAUUCUGACGACGAAGAGAAGCCUGUUAAGCAGGAAGAAUUUCCUAAGGAUUUCGGGCCGAAGAAGUUAAAAACGGGCGGCAAUUUCAAGCCCAGCCAGAAAGGCUUUGCCGGAGGAACCAAGUCGUUCAUGGACUUUGGCAGCUGGGAGAGGCACACGAAGGGGAUCGGGCAGAAGCUGCUGCAGAAGAUGGGCUACGUCCCCGGGCGGGGCCUCGGCAAGAACGCGCAAGGCAUCAUCAUGCCCAUCGAAGCCAAGCAGAGGAAAGGAAAAGGGGCCGUGGGCGCCUACGGCUCCGAGCGGACCACCCAGACCCUGCAGGACUUCCCCGUGGUGGACUCGGAAGAGGAAGCGGAAGAGGAGUUCCAGAAGGAGCUGAGCCAGUGGAGGAAGGACCCCAGCGGGAGCAAGAAGAAGCCCAAGUACUCCUACAAGACGGUGGAGGAGCUGAAGGCCAAGGGCAGGACCAGCAAGAAGCUCACCGCUCCCCAGAAGGAGCUUUCGCAGGUCAAGGUCAUAGACAUGACGGGCCGGGAGCAGAAGGUCUACUACAGCUACAGCCAGAUCAGCCACAAGCACAACAUCCCGGACGACGGGCCGCCGCCGCAGGCCCAGCAGCUGCCGCUGUCCGGCAAGGAGGCCAGGGCCCCGGGCUUCGCGCUGCCGGAGCUGGAGCACAACCUGCAGCUGCUCAUCGACCUGACGGAGCAGGAGAUCAUCCAGAACGACCGGCAGCUGCAGUACGAGCGGGACAUGGUGGUGAACCUGUCGCACGAGCUGGAGAAGAUGGCGGAGGUGCUGGAGCACGAGGAGCGGGCCAUCGCCAACCUGAGCGAGGUGCUGGAGCUGGUGGAGGGCUGCGAGCGGCGCAUGCAGCCCGGCUGCAGCCACCCGCUCACGCUGGCCGAGUGCGCCCGCGUCUUCGAGACGCUGCAGGACAAGUACUACGAGGAGUACCGCAUGGCCGACCGCGGGGACCUGGCCGUGGCCAUCGUCUACCCGCUGGUGAAGGAGUACUUCCGGGAGUGGGACCCCCUCAAAGACUGCACCUACGGCACCGAGAUCAUCUCCACGUGGAAGGGCCUCCUGGAGAACGACCAGCUCCUGUCGCACGGCAGCCAGGACCUUUCGGCGGACGCCUUUCACAGGCUGAUAUGGGAAGUCUGGAUGCCGUUGGUUCGCAACAUCGUCAGCCAGUGGCAGCCGCGGGACUGCGAGCCCAUGGUGGACUUCCUGGACAGCUGGGUGCACAUCAUCCCCGUGUGGGUGCUGGACAACAUCCUGGACCAGCUCGUCUUCCCCAAGCUGCAGAAGGAGGUGGAGAGCUGGAACCCCCUCACGGACACCGUGCCCAUCCACUCCUGGAUCCACCCGUGGCUGCCCCUCAUGCAGGCGCGCCUGGAGCCGCUGUACUCGCCCAUCCGCAGCAAGCUGUCCAGCGCCCUGCAGAAGUGGCACCCCAGCGACUCCUCCGCCAAGCUCAUCCUCCAGCCCUGGAAGGACGUCUUCACCCCUGGCUCCUGGGAGGCCUUCAUGGUCAAGAACAUCGUGCCCAAGCUGGGCAUGUGCCUCGGGGAGCUGGUCAUCAACCCCCACCAGCAGCACAUGGACGCCUUCUACUGGGUCAUCGACUGGGAGGGCAUGAUCUCCGUCUCCAGCCUGGUGGGGCUGCUGGAAAAGCACUUCUUCCCCAAGUGGCUCCAGGUGCUGUGCUCCUGGCUCAGUAACAGCCCCAACUACGAGGAGAUCACCAAGUGGUACCUGGGCUGGAAGUCCAUGUUCUCCGACCAAGUGCUGGCACACCCCUCCAUCAAGGACAAGUUCAACGAGGCGCUGGACAUCAUGAACAGGGCGGUUUCCUCCAACGUGGGCGCCUACAUGCAGCCCGGAGCGCGGGAGAACAUCGCCUACCUCACCCACACGGAGCGGAGGAAGGACUUCCAGUACGAGGCCAUGCAGGAGCGGCGCGAGGCCGAGAACGUGGCCCAGCGGGGCGUCGGCGCGGCCGCCAGCUCCGUGCCCAUGAACUUUAAGGACCUCAUCGAGACCAAGGCCGAGGAGCACAACAUCGUCUUCAUGCCCGUCAUCGGGAAGCGGCACGAGGGCAAGCAGCUCUACACCUUCGGCCGCAUCGUCAUCUACAUCGACCGCGGGGUGGUGUUCGUGCAGGGCGAGAAGACCUGGGUGCCCACCUCCCUGCAGAGCCUCAUCGACAUGGCCAAGUAG